AUGGACGAGCACACGACAGACACCGCCAUGCACGCAGACCACCACCAUCAGCAGCCCCUCCCCGCCAUCCAAGAACAACCCAGGCAAGUCCGCCCCUCUCGCCCCCGUCCCUCGACAGCGCCGCACCCGCCUCCGAUACGCGCGAUCCACCUCGGUACACAAUCACACUCGCUGUGGAACUCGUGUGGACACGCUGGACUCGACCCGCGAGUCGAACACCAGCCGACGGCAUCCUCGUCCUCGCACUCCGCCUCGUCCGCUCCCGUCCCUGCUCCCACCGACGCACCCACAUCCACCGACGAAACACAACCAGAAGCGCCCCUCUCGCCCGCCGCACAACGGAGGUUCGACGACUCGGAAGCGAGAGCGGCCGCAACCGCACUCGCGAGCGUCGCUUCAGCCGCCGCGGCCGUCGCUUCGUCUUCUUCCGCUUCGACGCCGGCUGUCUCUGCUCCUGCGCCUGCACCGACGGCGGCAGGAGAGGGAGAACGACAGCCUGGAUCGUUUGAUCCCGCUGCGCCGAACGCGGUGAAUGGGCUGCCGAAUCCGCUGCCUGCCAACUACGACAAGACCCAGCCGAUUUGCGCGAAUUGCGCGACUCAGACCACUCCCCUCUGGCGGCGCUCGCACGACAGUACCCACAUCCUCUGCAACGCCUGCGCGCUCUUCUUCAAGAUGAAAGGCCGCCCGCGCCCAAUCUCGCUCAAGACGGACGUGAUCAAAUCUCGCAAUCGCAGCAAGGGGAAGAGUACGUCCAAGGACCGCGGCGCGGCGGGAGGAGCGAAGGCUGGGAGGGGCGUCUCGAAGGAGCGGAGUGAGAGUAUGACGAGGAGUGGGGAGGGGAGGAAGAGUGUGCCUGGAGGUGCCGGGGCAGACGAGGAUUCGGAGAUGGCCGAGGGACGGACGAAGCCGUUUGGGGAUGGUGCGACGGCUGAGGCGGAUGGAAGGAAGGCCAGGAAGGUCAUGCCCCCUCCCGGCGCGAUGCCUUACGGAAUGCCUUACCCCGGCUAUCCCUACCCUUAUCCUUACCCUCACGGCCCGCACCCUCACGCACACCAGCCCUACCCACCACCUCGAAGUCGUUCUUCCGACGCCCGGCGCGCGCAGUCCCUCGACUCGCGCCAACGCGCUCCCGGCUCGCACACUCCCACAGAAGGGACGACCCCCGCUCCCGGCGGUCCUGCUCCUCCCGCAAUCCCCUUCCCCUAUCCCGGUUUCCACCCCGGCGCUCCCCCGCCCGAAGGAUACCCCUACCCUCCUUUCUACCCCUACGGCCCUCCUCCAGCCGGUUUCCAGCCCGGCCAAGCUCCACCAGGCUAUCCCUACCCUGCUCCGCCGUUCCCUCACCCCGCCGCGGCGAUGGCCGCGAACGCACUUGCGCACGCGCAGAGUAACUCGCGCUCGCGGUCGCCGGCGACUGGAUCGGCUGCGCCGAGUGUGGCGGAUGCGACUUCGCGCGCUGCGUCGGCGCGGGGAUCGUUGAGUCCGCCUAUGGCUGCCGCCUCCACCUCGAACUCGACUUCAGCAUCCUCGACUCCGCCCGUGCCGCCCAACCCGCUCGUCCCUCCCGCCCUGCAAUCUUGGUACCCCCACCCGAACCCCAACUACCACCUCCACCAACCGCACAUCCAGUCUCCUCUCGCAGCGGGCGCGGGAGGUCGGACGUCUGCUCCGCCAAGCCGCGCUGCGUCUGGGUCGCCGGCGAACGGCCUGACCCAAGCGGGGCAGAAGGAGAGAUCCUCGCUGCCUAACAGCGCGUCGAAUAGCGAUACCGAGACUGUCAAAGCCAGUACCAGCGCGUCGAGCGGAGUCCACCUCCCGCCUAUCGCAGCCAUCUCCGGCGUCCCCUCUUCCUCCGCGCCAUUCCUCCCACCCGCUUACCGCCCGCCUCUCGGAAUGCCCUUCCCCCACCCCGCCCUCGUCGCAGCAAACCUCGCCGCCGCCGCCGCAGCCGCCUCGUCCGCCUCUUCCUCCGCACACUCGAAUCCCGCCUCCGCCGCCGUUCAGCCACGCCACGAACGCCGCGCCUCUGCCUCAUCUGCUUCGCCUUCUGCGUCCGGGUCGAGCGAGGGGAUGCGCAGUCCUGAGACGGUUGCGCGCGGGCUUGGAGGGAGCGAGGAGCGUCGAGGGAGGCCGGAGAAGCGGUUCGACGAUUAUCUCGGUGGGGUUGGUGGGGCGAAGGGGAAGGGUAGGGGAGAUUCGGGAGCGGGAAUGGACGAUUUGGACGAGGUGGACGAGUUGGAUGACGAUUCGGUCGUCGGAGGACCGACUGCGCCGCCUGCUUUCGGCGCGCUCGCGAACGGCCACGGCAGCGGGUCAGGAUCGGGCAGUAACGGCAGCAGUACGUCUCGACAACGGAUGGUGGGCGUCGAGACGGGGCUCAACGAGUUGCGCGUCUCGGCGAGAGCGGGAGCGAGGGGGACGGCGAGUCCGGCGGGAAGCAGCGCGAGGAGGUUGGCCGGUUCGAGUCGGAGUCGCAGUCGUGCGAGGGGCGAGGCAGAGCGUGGGCGGUCGCGCGGUGGUGCGCCGGGAGCAGGGGGAGCAGGCGCGCGCAGCGUCUCGGCGGCGAGUUCGAGUCGGAUCCGAGGCUCGUCGUCUGCCUCUUCCUCGGCCGGUCGAGGUCGCGUCUCGAUGGCCGACGUACAAGCCCAACCAGGUCGCGAACACUGGCCGCCCGAAGCGCUCGCCGAAGUCGCCCGUCUCAAGACCAAGAUCUCGGAGCUCACGUUCCUCAACGGGUUGAUGCAGUCGCGCCUGGGACAACUCGAGGGACCGGGAAAGGUGCCGAGGCACGUCAUGACGAGCUUGACGGCGGAGACGCCGAGGCCGGAUCCGGACGAGAUGAUGUUUGAUGAGGAUGGGGACGUCGAGGAUAUGCGACCCGAGCCAAUUGAGGAGGAGGUGCCCGCCUUGUUCGAGUCGUAG